UUUGUUGUUGACUCGUUACUGGUGCUUGCAUUUGUGUCUGCAGCUGAAGAGUAUCUGUCAUUUGCCUUUGAGCACUGUCACCGAUCAAGCCAGAAGAAUAAAAGAAUGAUUUUGAUCUACCUGCUGCCAGUAAAAAUGUUGUUGGGCCAUAUGCCAACAGUUCAGCUCUUAAAAAAGUAUGACCUUAUGCAGUUUGCUGAAGUAACAAAGUCUGUGAGUGAAGGCAAUCUUCUCCUACUGAAUGAUGCUCUGACAAAGCAUGAGACCUUCUUUAUUCGAUGUGGAAUCUUUCUUAUCCUUGAGAAGCUGAAAAUCAUCACAUACAGAAAUCUCUUUAAGAAAGUAUAUUUACUACUCAAAACCCAUCAGCUAUCUCUAGAUGCCUUUCUGAUUGCCCUGAAGUUCAUGCAAGUAGAGGAUGUUGAUAUUGAUGAAGUCCAGUGCAUUUUAGCUAACCUUAUAUACAUGGGUCACAUUAAAGGCUACAUAUCCCACCAGCAUCAGAAGCUUGUGGUCAGUAAGCAGAACCCAUUUCCUCCACUGUCAACGGUGUGUUGAGUGUUGCAUCUUAUCCAUGCAAGUGCUUCCCAGGUACUUGGCUUGUCCAGUGGAACUGCUCCUAAUCACCCCGAGGACACUGUAAAUUGCCUGGUUCAUGUCCAGAACUGGAAUACCAGGAACUGUUUGUGGCUCCUUUCCCAGAAGGACCAAGACUGCCAGUGUUACAAAGUGCGUUGGAAUGAAAUGCUGACUUUUAAAUAAUAAUUUCCACAGGCUUUCUAGAUAAUUCCAAGUAUUUCAUGAAGAAAUAAAGCAAAGCAUUCCAAAUUACUCACAAAUUACUUAAAAGUUUUUAUAAAGUACUUUGUGUUACUAUUUUUGCAUUUAUCUUUCAGAGAGAAGUGUCAGCCUUUGUUACUCGUGUUAAUCCAUUCUUCAGAAUGGAAAUAAUGUUUUCUUACAUGGUUUCCAUUUUUUUUAAGUCUCUUCGAUAAUCUUGCUGGUAUUAAAUAUUCUCUUCAAGCUUUCUCUAAAAACUAGAGAAGUGCUUGACACCAAAA